AUGGAAAAUGAGUAUGUCAUUACAGUUGAUUUAAAAAAUACCAAAGAUGAAUCAAGACGAAAGGUGAUUGAAUUCACGUGCUCCUCGGGAUAUCACGAUCCAGUGAAUGAAGCUUAUGGUCCUGCUACGGACGCGUUCUUCUGUGGAACUGUCAGCCAGAAGAUGCUGAAAGAUUGGUACGGACUUACUCCUCUGAACAAACCAGCAGUUCUUGUUCAUUACGGCGAUAAGGUAGACAAUGCCUUCUGGUUCAAGUCUGCUGUAAUGAUUGGAGAUGGAUUUGAAUCGUUUUAUCCUUUAUGCAACUUGGACACGUUGGCACACGAACUGGGACACGGGGUCACUGAAACGUAUAGCGACUUGGUAUACGAAAAACAGUCUGGCGGUAUGAAUGAAGCGUUUUCUGACAUCAUGGGAGAAUCUGCUGAAGAAUUUUUCAGUACCACUGAUUGGCUAAGUGGAUUUCAAGACACAAAAGACCCAAUCCGUCCACUGAGAUACUUUGAUAAACCUUCACGUGACGGCCAAUCUAUUGAUCAUGCUAAUCAAUACAAGGCUGACUUGAAUGUUCAUCUCAGCAGUGGUGUCUACAACAGAGCGUUCUAUCAAAUUGUCAAGGUAGGUGGUGUCAAAAUGCGAUAUGGCUUUGAGGCAUAUCUGACCGCUAAUCGCGUAUACUGGAACUCGAACUCUAACUUUGUCAGCGGAGCCUGCGGAGUGAUACGAGCGGCCUAUACUCUUGGUCUAGACACGGAAAAAUUCAAAGCCGGGUUUAGCGUGGUGGGCAUCAGCACGUGCGACUUAACCAGCUAUUUGCGCAUGCUGACAACAUCACAGUCACAGAGUAAUAUCAAGGUAUCCCGCAUCAGACAACCUGUGUUUGGAGUCACCCUAACAGCCAGCGUCAGCUCGAUAACGGUAACGACAACAGGCGGCAGUGGAAUCAAAGUGGCCAUAUCCACAUCCUUGUCAAGGGAUUCGUCCUUAGCAAAUGGAGCAGGUUCCGUCACGUGGGCAACAGGCGGCACAACUGGCAUAGUCUACGUCCGUCUGUUUACGGAUAGUGAAACUGGGCAAACUGGCGUCUCAGUGAGUUUGUCGAUGAAUUAA